UUUAGAGAGCAGAUCUUCAUCAUCAUCAUGAUAUAUUCCUCGUGGAGCUACAUCGAAUUCCUCCAUCUAUCUAACUAUGUAAUCACUUACGACUCCUCCUUCUCCUGGACGUCGCAAUCAACACACAGGCAAUCACUUUUGUUUAUCUUCUUCUAAUGCUUUGAGAAUACACGAUCGGAGAAAAUCGAUUCGAAGAAGUCUCAUCAAUCCUUCAAGAUUCAGGCUUACCCACCAGACAUUAUUUGUUCGAGUUCACACUAGUUUCUGCAGUCGGAGUCCAUUCUUCUUCUAUAUUGGAUGCUCUUUUCAACAAAUUUUCAGAUUAGUGACUAAGUCUGACUAUUUAACGUUGCGAAAUGGUUUCAUAAGUGUUUAUAUGGGUCCAGGAAGUAAAUUUUACUUCCAAAAGUAUAUCCAAACGUCAUUGGAGGAUGAUUUCAAAACAGUUGUAGGAGUAAGUCAUGUCUUGUGGGCGUCAUUUGUGAUCUUCUUGCUCCUGAAUAUUAAUGAUAAUCUUGGUGGUUGGAACAGAGCUUCAAGUUAUUAUGAAAAAAAUGGCUAUGGAAAUCACCCAAAGACAUUGCAGACGGCAAAGGAGAAUUUUGAGUUAGCCCUGGAGGUUGACAAUUCAAAUAAACAAGCUAGAGGGGCUGCUUUAUUGGUUGAAGCUGCAGUAUGUGUGAUCCAGAUGCAUAAUAUGAACUAG